AUGAAUCAAUUUAAAGACCCAAAAUCGGAUCUUUCUAUAACAAUAAAUACAGCAACAGAAAUAUAUACUCUCAAAAAACCAUUUCUUAUUAAAUAUUGCGAAAGUAAAAAACUAACAUCAACAGGUACAGCUAGUGAAUUAAGAGCUAGAAUUAGUAGAUAUUUAAAAGGCACUAUAACAUUAGACGACAUAGAUAACACAUUAAGCAAAGAAGAAUGUGAUUUACUUUUAAUCAAAGCAAAAGCUAAUAAAAUCGAUUUUAUUAAAGAAGAAAAAGAAGCAGGAUUAUUUGAUUCGAACGAUUCGAGCCCUGACACAUAUGAAAUCAAUAAAUUAACUACAGAUAGCUUUUCAGAAACAUCAAAAGAUAAUUUAAGAUUAUACGAUAAUCUUAAUGCCAGUACAAGCUCAUUUGUGAAUAAUACCGAAAAUAUUUUAGAAAAUUCAAAUACAACUUACCAAAAUUGUCAAAAGGAAAGUGCUGAAACUUAUGAAAAUAUAUUAAAAAAUCUUAAGAUUAAUGAUACUUCUAAUAAUAUUUAUGAGGAAUUAAAAUUCAAUAAUCAACCAGAAAAUAGUGAGAUUAUUGAUAAUCAAUUAAUAAAUUUUAAUAAUUCUACAAAUAUUAUUGACUCUAGUAAUACAAGUGAAAAACCAGAAUUCGAAAACGAAAACACAGCAAUAAUAAUAAAUAAUCAAAAAGGAGAUAACCUAAACUCUGAAAUUGUUUCUACUCCGUUAAAUAAACAAACAUAA